UGCUGGCGACCCAAGCAAGGAGCACUGUAGCGUGGGGAGGUUUCCUAGCAACUCUCAGCUCGGAGCUCGCCCAGCUACCCGAAAGCUGGGAGCCCCCACGGGGGACCGCAGAACUAGAUCACCCCAUCCCUGCCCAUCGCCUGCCUCUUUUCCCUCUAAUCCUCUCCGAGUACAGCCCAGAACGCAUCAGCUGCCAGGGUUCUGGGUGGCCAGACGCCUGAGCCGACUGAGUCCGAGAUAGGACAAGGGUACGCAGCUCCCUCCCAGCGAGGUGCAUGGAACAUCCCCUUCUAGCCCAGUAGGCAACUGGGAUGCCUUGUUGGUUGCCUGCGGGUGCAGACAGGAGCUUCUAGGGGGCUCACGGAGCCACUUUCCCAAGCUGCUGGCACCCGUGUCUCCUCUCCCGCCAAUCGGAACGCUGCCGCCUGAAGCUCGGCUAGCUGCGACUAAGUGGAGUUGGCCUCCCUGCCCACCUGUGGAAGAAGCUAGCACCGACUGAUGCGCCAGCAACUCCCCCACCCCCUUGGCCUUCUAGCCGUCCCCUCCCACUAAUGCAGCAUCACCCUGUGAAUUACAUUAGGGUGGUUUUCCCCCCAGCCUCAGGCUUUGUUUGGGUUUGAUUGUGUUUGGCUCUUCGCUAAGCUGAUUUAUGCAGCAGAGCCCCAUCGGCUGGGGAGAAACAAAAGCUCUUUUCUUUGUCUGGGAGCGGACUGUGGAGCCCGUACUUGCUUCGCCCCCGCGGGCCAUCGGCUGUCCAAGGAGGUGCUUUUUGUUGAGACUGCAAGCCCCGCUGUGCGGAGCUGGGAGGGCCUCAAGGGCCCUGAGAUGCAGAGAGCUGCCCUGGCCCGAAUACCUAUAUCGCCUACUCAGAGCAACUGGGUCGGUGAACCCGGCCUGUCGCAAAGGUCCUAGGGACUCGCAGCCCACGGGCCUUCAAGGUGCGCUCUCAAGUCGGGAGAGCGUAUCAGGAAAGCAACUAGGCAGUAGGCACCGGGCGGGCUGCUUUGCAUUAUGUGCGGCUCGGCCCUGGCUUUUCUGACUGCUGCACUGCUCUCCCUGCACAACUGCCAGCGAGGUCCAGCCUUGGUUCUUGGGGCAGCGUGGGUAUUUUCACUUGUUCUCGGACUGGGCCAAAGUGAACACAGUAGAUGUGGCUCUGCAAGUGCGGUCUCCUGUGCCAGGUGCCUCCAGCUGGGUCCGGAAUGCGGAUGGUGUGUUCAAGAGGAUUUUGUUUCAAGUGGAUCAAGAAGUGAACGUUGUGAUACUGUUUCCAAUUUGAUAAGCAAAGGCUGUCCAGUUGAUUCAAUAGAAUACCUGUCUGUGCAUGUAAUAACAUCAAGUGAGAAUGAAAUCAAUACCCAAGUGACACCGGGAGAAGUCUCAAUCCAACUGCAUCCAGGAGCUGAAGCUAAUUUUAUGUUAAAAGUCCGUCCUCUGAAGAAAUACCCCGUGGAUCUUUAUUAUCUGGUUGAUGUGUCAGCGUCAAUGCACAAUAAUAUAGAAAAAUUGAAUUCCAUUGGAAACGAUUUAUCUAAAAAAAUGGCCUUUUUUUCCCGUGACUUCCGUCUUGGUUUUGGCUCAUAUGUGGAUAAAACUGUCUCACCAUAUAUUAGUAUUCACCCGGAAAGGAUCCACAAUCAGUGCAGUGACUACAACUUAGACUGUAUGCCUCCCCAUGGAUACAUUCAUGUGCUGUCUCUGACAGAAAACAUCACUGAGUUUGAAAAAGCAGUCCACAGACAAAAGAUCUCUGGAAACAUAGACACCCCUGAAGGAGGUUUUGAUGCCAUGCUUCAGGCUGCCGUUUGUGAGAGUCAUAUUGGAUGGCGAAAAGAAGCUAAAAGAUUGCUGCUGGUGAUGACAGACCAGACAUCACAUCUUGCUCUUGACAGCAAAUUGGCAGGCAUAGUGGUGCCGAAUGACGGAAACUGCCAUCUGAAAAACAACGUCUACAUCAAAUCGACAACCAUGGAACAUCCGUCAUUAGGCCAACUUUCUGAAAAGUUAAUAGACAACAACAUAAAUGUCAUUUUUGCAGUUCAAGGAAAGCAGUUUCAUUGGUACAAGGACCUUCUGCCCCUUUUGCCUGGUGCCAUUGCUGGUGAAAUAGAAUCCAAAGCUGCAAAUCUCAAUAAUUUAGUAGUAGAAGCCUACAAGAAGCUCAUCUCAGAAGUAAAAAUGCAGCUGGAAAACCAGGUACACGGUGUCCAUUUUAACAUCACUGCCAUCUGUCCAGAUGGGGCCAGAAAGCCAGGCAUAAGUGGGUGUGGAAACGUGACAAGCAAUGACGAAGUUCUUUUCAAUGUAACUGUUGUGAUGAAAACAUGUGAUAUCAUAGGAGGAAAAAACUAUGCAAUUAUCAAACCUAUUGGUUUCAAUGAAACAACUAAAGUCCACAUACACAGCAGCUGCAGUUGCCAGUGUGAGGACCACAGAGGACUCAAAGGACAGUGUGCAGAAGCUGCCCCAGAUCCCAAGUGUCCACAGUGUGAUGAGAGCAAAUGUCAUUUUGAUGAAGACCAGUUUCCUUCUGAAAUGUGCAAGCCACAGGAGGAUCAACCUGUUUGCAGUGGCCGAGGUGUUUGCGUCUGUGGGAAAUGUUUAUGUCACAAAACCAAGCUGGGCAGAGUGUAUGGACAGUACUGUGAGAAGGAUGACUUCUCCUGUCCCUAUCUCCAUGGGGAUGUGUGUGCUGGGCACGGAGAGUGCGAAGGUGGCAGAUGCCAGUGCUUUAGUGGCUGGGAAGGGGAUCGGUGUCAGUGUCCGUCAGCCUCAGCACAGCACUGUGUCAACUCCAAGGGCCAAGUUUGCAGCGGGAGAGGCACCUGCGUGUGUGGCAGGUGUGAGUGUACUGAUCCCAGAAGCAUUGGCCGUCUCUGUGAGCACUGCCCAACCUGCCAUCUAUCCUGCAGUGAAAACUGGAAUUGUCUGCAGUGCCUUCACCCUCACAAUCUGUCUCAAGCUGUCCUUGAUCAGUGUAAAACCUCCUGUGCUGUCAUGGAACAGCAUCACAUGGACCAAACAUCAGAAUGUUUAUCUGGCCCAAGCUAUCUGCGAAUAUUUUUCAUCAUAUUCAUAGUCACAUUCUUGAUCGGGUUGCUCAAAGUUCUUAUUAUUAGACAGGUGAUACUACAAUGGAAUAGUAAUAAAAUAAAGUCCUCAUCAGAUUACAGAAUGUCUGCUUCCAAAAAGGAUAAACUGAUUCUGCAAAGUGUUUGCACGAGGGCUGUGACCUACCGACGAGAAAAGCCUGAGGAAAUAAAAAUGGAUAUCAGCAAACUAAAUGCUCAGGAGGCCUUCAGGUGCAACUUCUAAAUAAGAUCAACAAACAAACAAAAACUGUUGGAAGCUGGAUGUUUUUACACAAUUUAUUCUAGCAAGUAUAAUAUAAAGUCACAGGAGAAGACAAAUUAUAUUGAAGAGUGUGCCAUGAAGACUGGCAAGUGUCUUCACAACCGUAUGACUCACUCAGCUGCUGAAGUUUUCAGUGAACUAUGUGUCUUACUACUGUUGGAGACUAGUGUUGUAGCACUUUAUUGUAAUAUAUAACUUAUUUAGAUCAACGUAGAAUGUAGAUCAUCUGGAAAGCACUGAUUACACUUUACAGGUACCUGUCAGCUCUGCGCUUCGCAGACAAACACAAGGCUAUGGAGCAGGUUGCAUGGUGUCACCACCACAGAGUGGUGAUCCUUUUGUACAACCUGCUGAUGAAAAGCAUCCAGGAGUAGUUGAAAGCAGUCAACCACACCCAACAACUGGCAUUGUCGAGCUGUGUACGACCAGCUGAGUAAGGGUUAGGGUUUCAUUUCAGUUGGGGUGGAUAGAUAAACUUUAAGCUGAGUAAGGAUUAGGGUUUCGUUUCAGUUGGGGUGAAUAGAUAAACUUUAAUCUAAGCGAUGUUGCUUUUGAAGCUGUGCAGUUUUGUGCAUGCACGGGUCUGUUUUCUUCUCCUUUGAAGCUGCGUGGCUUUGUGCAUGUACAAGUCUGCUUUCUUCUCUUUUACAAAAUGGAUCUUGACUCCAAGAUCUUCUCCUUUUUGCAUUUAAAUUCUGUUUUUCUUCCUUUGGAAUAAGUUUAUAAUGUCACAAAUGACUGGAUUAAAUAAGUGCUAAGUUACUACUGCCAUAGAAACCUAUAUGACAAUGUCACUUUAUUAGAAUACUGGUUUUAAAGCUGAAUGUUAAUAAGGGUCACUGUAAGGUGAUAUCUAAGUCCAUAGCUUCUUUGUCUGAAGACAGUUUAUAUUUUCUUACCUGUCAAACUGGAUGGAUUGUUUCACUCUGUCAUUGAUCUGACCUGUAGCCUGAAAUCCACAAGGUGUCUACAAAACUGCUUCAAGCAGAGUACCCUCUUUUCUGAGUAUGUUCUCUUGAUUUUUACUCCAAGAUGAUGUCAACAGUUUUUGAAUGGAAAUCUAUAUUACUCUUGUCCUCCUGUGUUCCCUAAGGGCAUUCCUCGAAUCCCAACCCUACUCAUGAGAAUUCACAAAGUUAUAAAAUUGGACAAAUGAGGGUAAUAUCUUGGAAACAAGCUAAUCCCCACUUUCUGUUAGCCGGGAAAUGGAGGCUCAGAAAAUUAAAACGAUUUUACAAAAACACAGAUGCAGUGGAAUGACAGUGUCAGAGAAGAGCUGCCUUCCCAUUACAGGACAGCAUUGGACAAUAAUACACUACCUCUUGAAUCUGUAAAAUAUCCAUGGCAAAAUUUAAAAUAUGAUUUAUUUAAGUCUUGAAUAUUUUUCUUGAGAAUAUUUCAAAGCAAAGUAGAAAAGGGUACUGUGCAUAAGCAGCUUCUAGUUUUUCCCAUUAGCCACCUUCUGAUAAGGCUUUGGUGCAACCCUUCCUUCCAAGAGCAAGCCUCCUGGAGCUGGUCAUGCUUUGAUCCAGAGGCUCCUGACUUGAAUUCUAAAUUCUAACUGUCCUUUGUGUAGCAAGUGUCUCACCUUUGACAAUAGGGGAAUCUAAAGAGUGUCUCUCCUCAGUUUGCUGCUCUCCAGCACUUGAAAGUUAUUAGAUAUUAGCAUGUUGAUGAAGACUAGCCUCCAUUAGAUAUUAUACUCUGGGGGGCUGGAAAGCCUGUAAAUUAUUCUCUAGUCAGCAAACAUGAUGUGUCCCUUAGCAGAGCUAUGGCAAUGCUCUUGACUUGAGUGUUUACUCAAGUCGAGAUGGGCAUUGUCAAAAUACUGUGACUGCACCUAAAGAAACUGUGCUCACUAAAGCUGAUGUGAAAAUCCUACUAUGCUGCUCAGAAUAGGAUCCUUUUAUAAAUAUACAAAUUAAUGGAUGCUUGGCAGUCCCUUCCCCCAAAGGAAGAUAUCCAUUAAUUAAAUGCUAACAACUCAAAAGUGAGCAGUGUUUAUGAACAAUGAUUUCCACAUGAAAUGAGUAAAAGAGCAUAAUCAAAGAGAAGCCUUGAAAAACAAUGAUUUGUACAUUAUUAGGCCCUCACUAGUUUGCACUAAUUUUAGGACUGACCAAGGCUGUUGCCAUGGGAAAGAUGAAUUUCCUUGCCAAGAAUUCAGUGCUGGAUGAUAAUAUGUACUUACAUGUGGAAUGUCUUGUAGCCUUUCUUUCUCUUCUUUUUGUUAACUUAAAAAGCUAAUUUUUAAAAGAUUGUAGGGCUUAUAUUUUACUUGAAUAAUUGUUCUGUUUAAUAGUUUGCGAGAAGAGAAUUAAUAUUUACUAGGUAGAAUUAAUUAACAGGUAAGGGGAAACAGGGUAUUCUUAGAUUAAAUAAUUUAUGUAUUUUUAGACUAUUUUCAAAUGCUAUGACCACAUGAGUCUUUUGAGUUGUUGGUAGUAAAUGCAAUUAAUUGAAUUUUAAAUUGUUAGCAAAAUGAAUAACUUGAGUGAUAAUUUUUUUGGCCUGUCAGCAUUUUGUUCCCUGGUGUGUAAUUAUUCAAAAAUGUCCCAUAUUUCCACUACAUAAGCAACUAUAUACAAGUUAUUUCUUCUGAGACAUUUUUACACUGCAGUAAACAUGUAUUUAUAAACAUUUGAUAUAAUUUUUAGGUAUUUUCUACUAUUUAUUAAGCCAUAUCCAUUCUCUAAGAGACAUGUUCAAUUUAACUUAGUUUAUAAAAAUAAAAAAAUUAGGUAUCUCUUGGGGCAAAUUUUUCAAAAUUGACAAAUUAAAAUUGUGUAUAUAUCAAAUGCAAAACUGCCAAAGGAUAAAAUUCAAAUAUCUUUUAAUAUUUAAUAAACCUCCAUUAAGGAUAUUCUUUUAUAUAUCAACAGACAUCUGUGAUACACUGAAAUCAUUUAUUCUUGCUAGAUUAUGAAUGUUUUUCUCAGAAUUAUAUUUCUUCUGGCACUUGGUAGUCUAGCUUAUACUCAAUGACCCUUCCUUCCUUCCUGUCUCCUGUUUGUCCCACCCACAUUUCUCUAGAAAUUGCCCAUGAGCUUCAAACCAAUAAACCUAAUUUUGAAAAAUAACAGCUUAACAAUAUAACUAAGUUCUUCAUUUCCAAAGAUCUCUUAUUAAUGUCAGCACUCUUUUGAACAAAUAUAGCCCCUCUGAAAACAAAGAAUUUUACAUUUUCACAACGUUGUGAUUUAUGUUUUGUAAAGGUAGCAACUCACUAGGAAGUUCAAUGGUAUACAUACUGUGUUCUCUUUGUUUACUCUUGAGACUUAGUUUACAGCUAUCCUUAUGUCCUUAUGACUGUAAAAACAUCAUUUUAUGUAAUGCAAACGUUUUCAAAGGAAUAGCACUAGUAUUCCUUCAAAUCCUUUCCUUUUCAUCUUCCAUAAUCCCUGCAUGGCAAAUUAGUUGUGGAUAAUUGAUUAGACAUACCGACUGUGUGUCUUGCUGAUUCUAGAAGACUUUUUUUUCAAUUUAGCAUCCCCCAAAUUGUGACAACUCUUGAAAUUGUCAUCUGCAGUGUAGUGUUUAAAGUGGUGUUGAGACAAACACUACAGUAAUUAAAUAUUCAUGAAUGCAGUAUAAAUGUUCCAUAUAAAUGUUUAUGAAUUCGUUUGUGAUGACAUGUAAAGCCAGUUUUUAAUACAGCUGAACCACAUACUACUCAAUGCAAACCUAACUGGCUAUUAGCUCAGAUCCUUUGAAUCUUUGAGUUACAAAAGCUCUUUCAGGCUCCCAUUUAUACUAUCUGCUAACAGCAGUGAUUUAGGCAAACAAGUUAACUAAUAAAGUGUGGCGUUUCUUGAGCUUUCAUUUAAGGAUCAUUAGCAUUCCCAUCCCUAUCAAAGGAAUUGUUUAAAAUGAUCAUCUCACUUUUAAAUAAGUUAACUGGAAAAAAGAUUACAUGAAAACAUCAUAGUUAGAUUUCACAGCACUUUGUAAGUUUGAUGCCAGUUGCCAGAGACGAAAAUGAUGUGACCACCUGGUCUGAAAAGAUUUCCUCUGAGAUCUCACAACUUUCUCAUUUCUCCUUAUCCUUUACUUUCUUUUGAUGUUUUCUUUGGCUCAAGUAACUUUCCCUCUACAGCCCAUGUGAUGACUGUUAUUAAAAAAAAAAAAAAAAACUGCAGUUAAAAUAUAGUACUUUAUGUGAAACAAUUGUUCAACUCUUUAGGCAGCUUUUGAUCAAAUAUGUGAGAGUGAUAACACUACUCUGUCUACCUGAAAUACCUUCCUGUAUAAAAUGUAUCUUUGUAAGCUAACUCUUUCAACCAGGUGUCUAUUCUUCACAACCAAUGUCAGUACAACUGUGUGACUCAUCAGUAUAAGAGGAAAAAAAAAAAAAAA